AUGCGACUGUUGGAUAUUGCAUUCAUUGUGCAGUUAUUUAUAUUAUUUAUUAAUGCUGCAAGAGAUUUCUACGAGGUGUUAGGUGUUAAACGUGAUGCAUCAACAGCACAAAUCAAGAAAGCAUUUCGGAAUUUAGCACUUAAAUAUCAUCCGGAUAGAAGUAAUGAUCCAAAUGCACACGAGAAAUUCCGAGAAAUCGCGGAAGCGUACGAAAUACUUGCUGAUGAACAAAAACGACGAGAGUAUGAUGCUGGUGGUUGGUCUUAUGAUCAGCAACAACAGCAUGCUCACGACUUCGACUUUGAUUCCUUCAUGCGUGAAUUCCAAGAAAGUAUGAAUAUUCAUCGAAGAAGUCAUGAAGAUGUGCACAGGAAAGCUCACUGGAAAGCAACUCAUGGUCGCAGUUUAUUUGAUGAUCUUUGGGAUGGUUUUGAUAUGUUUCCAUCUUUCGGUGAUUUUGGAAGUAUCGGAAAUGUCGAUGGAUUUGAUGGAAUACAUUUCGGACAUUUCCAGUCAAAUCCAGCUUCAAUGUAUAUGAAAGCAACAAAUCAAGGAGGACAGAGGUGUCAAACGGUGACGAAAAAAACGGGUAAUAUGAUGACCACACAAACAAUAUGUACUAGUGGUUAG